ACGUCCCCUCGGCGAGCUCCCCGCUCUGCCCGCGGCUCCGCCCGGCCGCGGCGGCUGCCCAGGGCCCUCCCGCGGGGAGGGAGGGGGUGCGCUCCGGAUUGGCCGCGGCCCCGCGGAGGCAGCCAGUUCGGGCCCGGCUCCCCUCACCCGCCCCCCACUCCCGCCCCCGGCCCUUUGUACAGCGAUUGCGACAAGCAGGAGCAGACGGUGAAAGGAACGGAGGCCACGGAGAGGGAGCGAGGACGCGCCGGCGAGGCGGAAGGGAGUGGGGAGGGCAGCAAGCCGAGGAGUGGGGUGUGGGCGGCGGAGAAGUGGGGAGACUCGCAGCCCGAGGCUUGGGGGACGGGGAUGAGCCUCAGAAUCCUCUGUCCCCGCCCCUCCGUCCCGCGUGCUGUGUAGGGUGUGCAGCUACCGGGGAGACCCUGCGGCGCCGCGCCCUCAGGGGCCGCUCCUGAGAAGUCGCAAAGGGGAGCAGUGAAUAAAGCGCAGCUCCAGGCGCGGGUUCCCGGGCUUCCGCCGGCGGCCGCAGCUGCAGCCGGAGCCACCACCCGCACCUCCGUCGCCGGCUCGGCGGUGCUCUCUGACCUCGGUGUUUGUCUCGGCCCGCCCGCAACUGCGCAAUAACCUGGCCGGGCGGGGGUCCGGCUCCGGGCCAGAGAGGGCCAGGGCAGGCGUCGUGCCCCGACCGCGGGUUUACAGAGGUGAGGCUAGAGCGCCGGGGAAUGCGCCUUCCCUUGCCUGCAUUCGUGCGCUGUGCCGAUCCCCCGGGAGCGUGGGGCUCCCCAGGAAACUGGCUUCAGGUAGAGGAAAUCCUCAAUACCGCUCCCCAGGAAGGACUUCCCCAAAAGAAACAGCCUCAAACCUCCGAAAAUAAGCUGGAGGAAAAGACGCACUCAGGUGCCCUUGGGGGGGGGGGGGGGUGCCUGUCACCCUGCGACCCGGCCGUGCCAGGGGAUAGACUGCAGUCCCUUCAUCAGCUCAAUAACUGGCAAUUACUGGGGAACGGGGUAAGGGUAAGAAAUACCCCUUGCAUGUCACAGAUGCAGGUCACACCGAUGAGUCUGAAGCGGGUCUGCGGAAGGAGCGGACCCGUCUCCCAGCAGGGGCCAUCCAGUUCCCAGGAAUCCUAUUUCCCGCCCUCCUCGCCGCUCCACGAUCCCACCCAGGAGCCGCAGCUGCGCCCUGCAGGCCGCGGAGACCUGCUGGGACGAGUGCCCGGGCGAAGGGUGGUGGCUGAGCCGGCGGAGGAGGCGGGAGCCCGUUGUCCCGAGGGCCUGUGGCCUCUGCCCCCACAGGUGUCGCCAAGAGUGACCUACACACGGAUGAGUCCACGGCAGGCUGAGAAUGUCAGCUUCCUCUACCACCCCUGUGCCCAUCCCUGGCUGAAGCUCCAGCUUGCCCUCCUGGCCCACAUUUGUGUGUCCCAGCCCUCACUGGCCCCUGACUCGAGUCUCACCCAGAAUCGGGCCCCGGCUUUGGCCUUCACUCUGCGGAGCUGGCGGCCCCCAGGCGUAGAGGUGGCAUCUAGAGGGCCCAGGCAGCUCUUUCCUAGUGGUGCCAAGAGGCGUGGGCUGCGGGCUGCCAUUGGUCUCCAGCCCACCCCCUCAGCCCUGAGGUUCCCCUCUGUUUCCCCACGGAGCUUGGAGGCCAAGCAGCCUAUGUUGGGCCCCCGGGGUGAAGGGGAUAAUGGCCCAUCUGUGCCCACUGGCCCACCGCUGCCUGGGGGGCCUGGAAGCAAUGUCAGCUCCAGGCUAGAGGCCCAGGUGCCCAAAGGGCAAAGCAGCCCAGGGGUCUGUGCCUGUCCAAGUCAGGCUUCCUCGGCCCCUCAGGCAGCAGCGCCUCCGCGGGCCGCCCGGGGCCCCACCCCGCGGACGGAGGAGGCCGCCUGGGCUGCCAUGGCCCUGACCUUCCUGUUGGUGCUGCUCACCCUGGCCACGCUCUGCACUCGGCUGCACCGAAACUUCAGACGCGGGGAGAGCAUCUACUGGGAGCCCACAGUGGAUAGCAAGGACACGGUGGCUGCUGUGCUGAAGCGGAGGCUGCUGAUGCCCCCUCGCCGGGUCAAGCGCUCCCGCCGGAGACCGCUCCUCCCGCCCGCGCCGGACAGCGGCCCUGAUGGGGACAGCUCCGAGUGACCCGUCCCAGCCCUGCCACUGUGGCAGGUCUGGCUCCUCCUCCCGCCGGGAGGCCGCGACCUCCGCCACGUGGAGCGCGCACAGGGCCGCCCCCUGGUGGCCAAAUGGGGUGGUCCUGCCUAACCGCUGCGAAGGGGCUGGUCCUUAGCGUGUGGUUCGCUGGGAGGGAUGGGGGGGGGGUGGAGAGGGAGGAGAGAAAAAGGAGCUGUUUAAGUCUCCGUUGCAAAAACUCCGUUUUUCUUAUUAAAUUAUUUUAGUAGAGUCUGGA